CUAUAAGAGGGCGGCGACCGCGGCGCGCCCUGCGCGGAGCCGGGAGCGCGAUGGUGAGCCGCCGCGGCGCGGCAAGAUGCUGGAUGGGCCCCUGCUGGCGCGCUGGCUGGCCGCGGCCUUCGGGCUGACGCUGCUGCUCGCCGCGCUGCGCCCUUCGGCCGCCUACUUCGGGCUGACGGGCAGCGAGCCUCUGACCAUCCUCCCGCUCACACUGGAGCCCGAGGCAGCAGCCCAGGCGCACUACAAGGCCUGCGACCGGCUGAAGCUGGAGCGGAAGCAGCGGCGCAUGUGCCGCCGGGAUCCGGGCGUGGCCGAGACGCUGGUGGAGGCGGUCAGCAUGAGCGCGCUGGAGUGCCAGUUCCAGUUCCGCUUCGAGCGCUGGAACUGCACCUUGGAGGGCCGCUACCGGGCCAGCCUGCUCAAGCGAGGCUUCAAGGAGACCGCCUUCCUCUACGCCAUCUCCUCCGCCGGCCUGACGCACGCGCUGGCCAAGGCGUGCAGCGCGGGGCGCAUGGAGCGCUGCACGUGCGACGAGGCGCCGGACCUGGAGAACCGCGAGGCCUGGCAGUGGGGAGGCUGCGGGGACAACCUCAAGUACAGCAGCAAGUUCGUCAAGGAGUUCCUGGGCAGGCGGUCGAGCAAGGACCUGCGGGCCCGCGUGGACUUCCACAACAACCUCGUGGGCGUGAAGGUGAUCAAGGCCGGCGUCGAGACCACCUGCAAGUGCCACGGCGUGUCGGGCUCGUGCACGGUGCGGACCUGCUGGCGGCAGCUGGCGCCCUUCCACGAGGUGGGCAAACACCUGAAGCACAAGUAUGAGACGGCGCUCAAAGUGGGCAGCACCACCAACGAGGCCACCGGUGAGGCGGGCGCCAUCUCCCCGCCGCGGGGACGGGCCUCGGGGGCGGGCGGCAGCGACCCGCUGCCCCGCACCCCGGAGCUGGUGCACCUGGACGACUCGCCCAGCUUCUGCUUGGCCGGCCGCUUCUCCCCGGGCACGGCCGGCCGCAGGUGCCACCGCGAGAAGAACUGCGAGAGCAUCUGCUGCGGCCGCGGCCACAACACGCAGAGCCGGGUGGUCACGAGGCCCUGCCAGUGCCAGGUGCGCUGGUGCUGCUACGUGGAGUGCAGGCAGUGCACGCAGCGCGAGGAGGUCUACACCUGCAAGGGCUGAG